GGUAAAACUUUUCACGAGCGUUCUCCGGUUUACUUGUUGUCCAGAAAAGCUGAAAAGACUUGCGCAGCCCAGCCAGGAGAUGCCAAAUUGUCAUGGAAAUUAGACAACACUCGCAGAUUCAUCCUCUGAAGUAAAACCAGGUUGAUGUCUGAGGUGUGGCGAGACAACGUUUCAUACAGCGACAGUCGAAUAUCCUACUUCUUCACUUCGGUUUAAAUCUGAAAGGGAAGCUUUGGAGUCGACUCUUAAUUCGAAGAACCGAGUCUGUUUAGGAUUGACUCACUUAAGUCCCUAGCGGUCCUCUGCAGUAGUGCAGCGCUAUCUGAAAGCCUUGUCCUUUCACCAGGGUUUGUUUGUUUUUUUGGGGGCGUUUCAGUCAAAUACGUCUAGUAUGACUAUGCUGGGGAUUUUAUCCAGGGCCAUGGUGAGUGGAUGAUAGUAUCCAGUUUCUGGUUAUUCCCGUAAACACAAAGACACUUGUGGGACGUUAUAAAAGAGCGGGUUGCUGUGUGGAAAUACGGAAACUGUCGGCUGUUCGCUCGGCUCUUUAGGUUAGUGCAGCUUAGCCACUCGGCUAGCUGACGCAGGCCGGGUACAGAUUAACAGUUUAUUUAGGCUUAUGUAAUAUAGCUAAUAAAUAAACCUUUGUAGGCGCCACUCCUGAUAGAGCAUGUAGCUGGAUGUUUAAUCAUGUCAGAAAACGCUGAGUCUGUAAAGCACUUGAGUGUAAACUCGAACUUAAGCUAUGUUUGACUAGCAACUUAGUAAUAAUAACAAUGGCCUUCUAAAGCAGCUGUUCAGUUCAGACUGGUUUAUCUGCACAGGUGAUCUUCAGGGAGUUUUUUUCCUUGCCAAGUGUCACAUCUGGCUUGCUCACUGAAGGACCUAAAUCUACAUCUGGAUGUGUGUGAAACCGCUUUGUGACCGUGUUUGCUGUUAAAAGUGAAGUGGAAGUUCAGUGACAUUGAGUUGAAUAUUAGGAGCUGUGUAUGGUCAUAUCCUGCGUACGCUCUUAUCUAUCCGAAGCGUUUGCGAUAUUGAGGCGAAGGUUGGCAUGGCGAAGCCGUCCUGCCUGGUGAAGCCGGUGUCCUGGACUAAGAUACCUGGUCGUUAUCUGGCUCAUCAGGAGUCUCUCCCAAAGCUGCCAGUGCCUCCUCUGAAGCAGACGUGCGACCGCUACCUGGCUGCUCUGGAGCCCAUCGUGGAUGCUGAGAUGCUGAACCACACGUGCAGGCUGGUGGAGGAGUUUCAGCUGCCCGGUGGAGUGGGAGACAGACUGCAGAAGAGCCUGGAGAGGAGGGCGAGCACGCUGGAAAACUGGCUCUCUGACUGGUGGUUAAAGACAGCAUAUCUGGACUACCGGCUGCCUGUGGUUGUCCAUUCGAGUCCUGGAGUUGUCCUUCCUCGCUUACAAUUUAAUGACCGUCACGGUCAAAUAAGAUACGCGGCUAAACUGAUUGCUGGAGUUUUGGAUUUCAAGACCAUGAUUGACAAUGAAACCUUACCAGUGGAGUAUCUUGGUGGGAAGCCGCUGUGUAUGAAUCAGUAUUAUCAGGUUCUGUCUUCCUGUCGCAUACCCGGGACCGAAAGGGACUCGGUGGUGAAUCACGCUUUGAGCAAGAGGCCGCCUACUCACAUCACCGUGGUGCACAACUUCCAGUUCUUCGUGCUGGACGUGUACAACAGUGAUGGCACACCGCUGACAGCGGAUCAGCUCUAUAUUCAGCUGGAGAGAAUCUGGAACUCUUCCCUGCAGACCAACGAGGAGCCGAUCGGGAUCCUCACCUCCAGUCACCGCAACAACUGGGGCAAAGCCUACGCCAACCUCAUUAAAGACAGAACGAAUAAUGCGUCAGUGCAGGCGAUUCAGAAAAGUAUCUUUACCGUGUGUCUGGAUGCUCCAAUGCCCCGAGUCUCAGACGAGAUGUACCCCACACGAGCAGCUGUGCAGAUGCUGCAUGGAGGAGGCAGCCGGUGGAACAGUGGAAACCGCUGGUUCGAUAAAACACUUCAGUUUAUCGUCGGUGAAGACGGCACAUGCGGUGUGAUCUAUGAACACGCCCCUGCAGAAGGUCCUCCAAUCGUGGCUCUGAUUGAUCAUGUGGUGGAGUACACAAAGAAGUCUGAGAUGAUUCGUACCCCCAUGGUUCCUCUGCCCAUGCCUAAGAAACUGCACUUCAACAUCACACCAGAGAUUAAAAGCAACAUCGAGGAGGCCAAGAAGAACAUGAAUAUAAUGGUUCACGACUUGGAUGUGCGAGUCACUGUGUUCUCCCACUUUGGUAAAAAUGUUCCAAAGUCUCAUAAGAUGAGUCCUGACGCAUUUAUUCAGGUGGCCCUACAGCUGGCUUAUUACAGACUGUAUAAGCGUUGCUGUGCCACAUACGAGAGUGCCUCUCUGCGCAUGUUCAAACUGGGCCGAACAGACACCAUUCGCUCAGCAUCCAUCGACUCUGCCAACUUCGUCCGAGCCAUGGACGACCCUGCCAAGCAGAACCAAGAGAAGGUGACUCUGCUGGAGAAGGCAGUGAAGGCACACCGAGCAUACACAGACAUGGCGAUCCAUGGCCAAGCCAUCGACAGACAUUUGCUUGGCCUGAAGCUGCAGGCUGUUGAAGACUUGUCAGCCCUGCCAGAGAUCUUCAUGGACCCGUCUUAUGCCACAGCCAACCACUACAACCUUUCCACCAGCCAGGUCCCAGCUAAGACCGACUGCGUGAUGUGUUUCGGCCCGGUGGUGUCUGACGGCUACGGCGUGUGCUACAACCCCAUGGAGAAACACAUUAACUUUGCAGUCUCUGCUUUUAACAGCUGUGCAGACACCAGCGCCACACGACUGGCCCACGCCCUAGAGGACGCGCUGCUGGAUAUGAAGAGCCUGCUGGAUCAGACGCUCAAAUCCAAGCUGUGAGGACAGAGGAGCUCACUACGACUCUACGGCCAUUACACUGAAGUACUUGAGAGGACGUUCAAGAAGUUCCAGAUGAAAAUUUUACAUUUUAAUGGAGAGUGUCAAUCACUUUGCACAGAGCCACUGUUUGGAAUGAGAAGACUUUUCAUAUUGUUUUACAGACUUUCUAUGUGAUUAGUUGCCACUACAUCGCUUCUCUCUCUCUCUCUCUCUCUCUCUCUCUCUCUCUGUGUGUGUGUGCGUGCGUGUGUGCGUGCGUGUGUGUGUGUGUGUGUGUGUGUGUGUGUGUGUGAGAGAUAUUUUGAUAGAAAAUUUUAUUUAGAGAAUCGUAUAAUUACAAUGUACUUUAAAUACUGAAGCAGAAUGGCAAGUUUUUCACUUACGUGAACAGCGAUUUGUACACGAGUGUACUGUAGAUUAUUUUGCAUUUUUGGUAUCAUGAGUCAUGUUACAAAUUUUGUAACAAUUUCCAGAUUGUAACUGCUACAGCACCGCAUGGCCACGCCUUUUCAUUUUGGACUUUGAUUAAUGUGCCUUGUAACUACUACAAGUGACAAAAUAAUUGCUAUUCUAAAAGAAAACACUUCUUAAACAUAAUCAUGAUGUUAAUUCGUAUGUUGAACAAUAAAAGAGAUGGUUCUAAAACUCUCGGGUAGUAAUUGGCUCUCACUCAAACAGGGCUGGGUUAUAUAAUAAUAUGAUAACAGUAAUAGUUAUGAGUCACAACACAAUAUACUUUUUGUGGAUGUCGUCUGCAUUAUAAUACAGACAGACUCAGAUGGUACAGUAACAAGUGCCUGAUUUUUGUUUUCUUUUUUAAUUCAUUGCCUCUUGUAAGUUCUUCAACUCUACACUUUUGUAAACAUUUUUUAAAAAGAUAAUACAUAUAUAUUGUGUAUGUGAAAUUGCCUUCCAGUAUCAUGACAUGAUGUCCAUCUUUACUAACAAUGCAACUGUAUGUAGGUUGCCUGUGGUUACAUUAUUCAGUCAAAGAAAUAAAGAAAUUCCAUGUUUCAUGGGAGAAUGACACUGA